AUGCACGAUCGAUCCCGACUUCCAGGCGGCAGGAUACAAAAUGUACAUUACGAACGCGACGUUCACUACGCCAUGCAGCUGUGCCGAUGGAUCCUGAAGCCGAUUGGUAUCUGGCAUCUGAUUUACGGUCGCUCGUCGCAGAGCGAGAAGCUCCUCUCGUUGAUGCUGAUCCUCGUGUGCUUCUUCGGACUGUGCUUCGUGCUCGUACCCGCCGGUCCGUACACUCUGUUCCGCGAGAGGGACAUUAACAUGAAGGUCAAGCUCUUCGGGCCGGUCGGCUUCUGUCUGACUUCCGCGAUCAAGUACUGCUUCCUCGGGGCGCGCGUCUCGGCGAUCGCGAGAUGCGUCGAGCACGUCGAGAGCGACUGGCGGGUCGUGCGACAUCAGGAUCAUCGCAGGAUGAUGCUGAGGAACGCGCUGGUGGGUCGCCGACUGACGACGCUAUGCGUGAUCUUUCUCUACACCGGCGGCAUGUCCUACCACACGAUCAUGCCGCUGUCCUCCAGGACGAAGACGAACGGCAGUUUCACGAGUAGACCGCUGGUUUAUCCGGGCUACGAUCUCUUUUGCGAUCCGCAGGCAAGUCCCGCUUACGAGAUCAUCUUCGGCAUGCACUGCCUGUCCGCUAUGAUACAGUAUAGCGCCACGACGGCGGCGUGCAGCCUGGCCGCGGUCUUUGCCACGCACGCGUGCAGUCAGGUGCAGAUACUGAUGACACUUUUGGACGAUCUGGUCGACGGGACGAGGACCAAAGGUACCACCGUGGAGAAACGUCUGAGCCUGAUAGCGAGGCAUCACGUGCGCGUACUGAGAUUUACCGCCGACGUGGAGAGAAUAUUACGUGAAAUAUGCUUGUUGGAACUGGUGGCCGCAACCUUGAUUAUAUGCUUGCUCGAGUACUAUUGCAUGAUGGAAUGGGCGAAUAGCGACGCCGUGGCCAUCCUCACGUAUUUUAUUUUAUUGAUAUCUUUAACGUUCAACAUUCUCAUAUUUUGUUAUAUCGGCGAACUUCUCAUGGAAGAGUAUGGCAAAAUCGGUGCGGCCGCGUAUGAUGUUAAUUGGUAUGAUUUACCCGGUCAUAAGGCUGUUGAUCUUGUUAUGAUCAUCGCGAUGUCUCAUUACCCACCCAAGCUUACAGCUGGCAAGUUCUGUGAUUUAUCUCUCAAUACUUUCAGCACUGUACUUAAAACAUCCGUAGUGUAUUUAAAUUUACUUCGGACAGUUACGCAAUGA